AUGAUUCAGUUCAGCAGUCAACCCAGCAAACAACUUUCCAUCAACCCGCAGCCAUCUCAGACGGAAGAAAUGAACUUCAAGAGCCCCGUCGAAAUCAACUACCCAACCUUCACAUUUACCUCAACCUCGCAACUCAACAACGACUUGAAAAUCAUCAACAACAUCCUCGAAAACGAAAACCUCAAACAACUGAACAAGCUCAACCAACAAAACGGAUACAAGCAGUUGAGUCCCAUCUACGAGUCCGCCAAAAGUAUUCCCAACUGCCAACAGAAUGAUUACGAAAACUGGAUGGGCUCCAAGAAAGCUCGUCUCACAACAGAGGAAUCAUUCUAUUAA